AUGGCUGAGAAAGUACAACGCCAAAAGGGCGUUUCGCUAACGUGGUUAGCUGCGUUGCCUGUUCUUCUGGCAGCUGCUUUCACAGCGUAUCCUGAUGUGCUUGGUAAAUCGGGACCAGAACCUGCGCCUUCUGUGACGAUUAAACAGGGCACCAUCAUUGGGAAAUUCGUUGAUGAUGGCACGUUUCCUAAGCCCUUAGAAGGGUUUAUGGGGAUUCCUUAUGCUGUUCCUCCUGUUGGUGAACGGCGGUUCAAACAUGCCGAGCCAGUAGGGGCAAGUAAUGAGACCACUGAAGCCUAUUACUUGGGACCUAGAUGUCCUGGAAUACAACUCGUUCCUUUCCUCAAAGAUCCCAUCCUUGGUCCAGACUACGAAUCAGAGGAUUGCCUCACCAUCAACGUCUGGCGCAAGAAAGGCCAUACUCCAGAAAAGGGGAAGUUACCGGUCGCUGUGUUAAUCCCAGGCGGUGCGUUUAAUCGGGGUGCAGCACGAAUGCAUAAUUCACAUACUAUGCUUGCGUUCUCCGAAGAGCCGUAUAUUGCUGUCAGCAUGCAAUACCGUAUCGGUGUAUUCGGCGGCUUGAACACUGAGUUGACCGCCAAAGAAGGACUUUUGAAUCUUGGAUUGAAGGAUAUGUAUGUUGCACUUGAGUGGGUGCAGGAGAAUAUCGGGGCGUUUGGUGGUGAUGCUGAUGAUGUUACAAUCAUGGGGUUGAGCGCUGCUGCUCAUGGUAUUGGACAUCUCAUCAUGGAUAUAAAUCAGCCGAAAAAGCUCUUUCAUAAAGCGAUAAUGGACUCAGGCGCUCAUACAGCGCGUGCAGUUCAUCCCCCGGGUGCAUCUCUCAACUCACAGCAUUUUCGCGAGCUCUUGGAUCUGACGCCAUGCUCUCACUUUAAGAAUCUCAAAGACCCCAAGAUCUUGACAUGUCUGCGUGGUCUUCCAUCUGAAACAGUAGACAAGGCAGGCAAAAAAGUCUUUAGACGCUCAGAUCCUUCUAUUCGCUGGGCUUGGCAGCCUGUCAUUGACAACGACAUCAUUUCGCGCCGACCGAUUGAGGCGUGGAAGUCUGGAAAGUUUAACAGAGUUCCUAUUCUCACUGGAUCGGCGGCGAACGAGGGUGCUUAUUAUGUACCGCUCAAGGCUGAUAAACCAGACGAGUUUACGGGUUUCUUCAAGAGUCUUUUGCCGCAUCUCACGAGCUCCGAGGUUACGGAGCUGGAGAAGUUGUAUCCUGAUCCUUUAACACACCCUGAUUCACCGCAUGUCGAUACACGUGGUAUUCCUGGUGUGGGAUCACAGUACAAACGACUCGAAACAGCUUAUGGGCACUACGCGUACACAUGUCCUGUACGCCAAACAGUUAUCUGGGCAACAUACCACGAGUCUGCGCAACCAGCAUACCUCUAUCACUGGGCUCUGAACAAGACUGCUCUGUUUGGCGCUAAUCACGGCGACCAGAUGAGAUACCAGACAUUUAACAGAGAAGUCCGCGAGAUAUCACCUGCGCAGAGGGAAGUAUCUGGGCAGUUUCAUGCGUACUGCACGAGUUUUAUCACGAAGGGUGGUGAUCCGAAUGCUAUUAAGGGAAAGUUUGCGCAUAGACCGGAAUGGACGUCUUUUGAGAAUGGGAAGGGCAAGACGAUGAUUCUGGGGAGAGGGAAUGAUGAGAGGGCUGGAGGGGUUGGGGUUGGAAAGGCGGCUGAACUGGUGGAUUUUACAUGGGGGGAUGAGCAGUGUGAGUUUUGGUGGAGGGUUUCUAGUAAGUGGGAGGACUAG